CCAAGCCAAAGUUGGGUUGGGUGUUAAAAGGCAAGUGGCACACGUAAUCGCACUACAACCUCCACCACCAGUUUAUAAUUUCUCCUCCCAGAAAAAAAUUUAAAAAAAAAAAAAAAAAAGGGAAAGAGAAUUCCAUCCAUGGCUGUUCUCAACAAGUCCCUUUUCAUCAGCCUAGCGGUUCUUGCUGUUGUUCUUGGCUCAGCACAGGCACAAUAUGAUUGUGCAUCAAAGCUGGUGGACUGCUACAAAUUUAUCAACUCCACCACCAAACCAGACAACGAUUGCUGUAGCAGCAUAAAAAAUGCAGUAAAUACUCAGCUUAAAUGCCUCUGCACUCUUUACACCACCCCUGGGUUGUUGCAGUCUUUCAACAUCACACUCAAUCAAGCUCUCAAUCUCAGUGCCGAAUGCAACGCCUCUACUGAUCUCAGCGCCUGCAACAGUUCGGCUGCCUCACCGUCAUCGGUGCCAGGAAGUGAUAAAGGCGAUGCAUCAGCAGUAGCAUGGGCCGGAGUUACCAGCUUAUUCUUAUUAUGUGCUUCUAUGCUUCUUUAUUAGUACUACGAAUUACUUAUAUUCCGCGUUGGAGUACAUGCAAUAAUGUUGAGUUCAUUGGUUUAGAGAAGCGUUCAUUGUCAUUUGCUGCUUCAUAUUUAUAGAUUUAGAGAUUUGUUGUCUCCUUGAUGUGAACAUCUUCAUGUAGAACACAUCGCAUUUGAAUAAAUUGAUGUUCUUAUUUGAAACAAA